AUGCUUCCAGCUCAAGAAGCAGCCAAGAUCUACCACACCAACUACGUCCGGAACGCCCGGGCCGUGGGAGUCCUGUGGACCGUGUUCACCAUCACCUUCGCCGUCAUCACUGUGGUGGUCUUCAUCCAGCCCUACUGGAUCGGGGACAGCGUCAACACCCCGCAGGCAGGAUACUUUGGCCUCUUCCACUACUGCAUUGGAAACGCGCUCACCUCUGAACUCACCUGUAAGGGAAGUGCGCUGGACUUUGGCUCCAUCCCCUCUGGCGCCUUUAAAACCGCCAUGUUUUUCGUGGGGAUCUCCAUGCUGCUGGUGGUGGGCAGCAUCGUCUGCUUCAGCCUCUUCUUCUUCUGCAACGCGGGCAGCGUCUACAAGAUUUGUGCCUGGAUGCAGCUGGCCUCCAGUACCUGCAUGGUGAUCGGCUGCAUGAUCUAUCCAGACGGCUGGGACUCUGAUGAGGUCAAGCGCAUGUGUGGCCAGCGCACGGACAAGUACACGCUGGGCAACUGCACGGUGCGCUGGGCCUACAUCCUGGCCAUCAUCAGCAUCAUGGACUCGCUCAUCCUCUCCUUCCUGGCCUUCAGUCUGGGCAGCAGGCAGGACAAACUGCUCCCUGAGGACUUCCAAGUGGAGGGCAAAGGUGAGUCAUUGUACGAUGACGUUUGUCAAUGA